UGGAUAUACUGUCGUUUAUAAUUGAUUUUAAACUGACACGAUGGAUGGUGCCCCAGAGGGAGAACAAAGAAUGCAAAAUGAUGGAAACCUGCAUGCCUCCAAUGGGCCUAAUUCCAUUUCUCAUCUCAUCAUGGCCAGUGCAAUAGUGUCUCGAGAUGUGUCCACUGGUAACUCAGAUAUCGAUGUUACAAACAUUGAUGACCCCCAAGUCUCACUAGCUGAUAAUAUUCAUGCACAACACAUGGCCAGUUCAACAUCUGCAAUGGCAGCAGUUCCCCCUCAAAUACGGCGUCACUCUGACCCAAUGAUUUCUGUGGAGCGACAGCCAGUUUCUCAGUCCCCUGGCCAGUCCCCACUCCAGUCACGUUUUGCCACCUCUCCCUCCCUGUCUCUGUCAACCCAUAGCUCCUCUCCUCCUCCAAUCAUUAUGUCUGAUCGAGAAUUCUCACACAGCGAAGAUGGCAGCUCCUACAUAAUCACUGGUGAUAUGGAUGACCCAAGAAAGUAUGAACCCAUUAACAUUGACACAACAGACCAUGGUGAGGAUGCCACAUAUACCCUACCAGACUCCUCACCGGAGAUGAUUGCCUAUGACAACGGGACAAAGACACAGUACAAGACUUAUAAAUGUCGGCUUUGUAAUUUCACAGCUACCACCUAUACACAACUGCAGCUCCACAUGCCCAGACAUGGAGGUGUAAAGGCACUGAAAUGUCCUCUUUGUGACUAUUCAACUAAUGACAAGAGCAACUUUCGUAGACAUAGAAGACUGCAUAUCGGCAACAACCCAGUCAGCGUACUCAAGUGUGAGAAAUGUACCUACUCUACAAUACUUCCUCGAAAGUUCCGUGAGCACUACAGCCAAGUACACAAUGAACAGAUUGGUCCAAACUACCAAUUUCAGACCAGUCCAUACAGACCCUCUGGCUACGACACUGCUCAAUUUAAGUACAGGCUAGGCCAUGUUGACUUGAAUCCUGGUCACAUCCCCACAUCCACUGCCCCUCAAAGUAUGGCUGCAACCACAGCUCUCCACUCACUUCUAAGAGGAAUUCAUUCAACACCAGUACACUACACUCAUCAACCUGCCCAACCCCUUCAAGGUCAGUGUUUAGGACAGUACCCAAGCUAUGCUGCCCCAGUUAGACGAACAGUUGAUGAAUCUCACAUGGCUUCUAAUUACCUUCGAUCCAUUGUAUCCUCCAUUAUGAACAAUCCUCAGACCGUUUCCAUGCCAACACCAAGCAGCACCAUAUCCUCAUCAGGCUUUUACAUGGCAGCUGAUCCCUCACAGCAGCAUCAACAACAACAACAACAACAGCAGCAUCAACAACAGCAGCAGCAACACAUACGUGUAGCACAUUCUCCUAUACAAGUGGGCAUGCAGACACUUCAAGGUCAUGUCAAGGUGAAAGUUGAGCCCCCUGAUCACCCGGACACUCCUGAGACUGCAGAUGUGUCCAGUACUGCACCUCCUCCACGACAUCAGUUUUUGUCAGACCAAGAACGUCGGUUAGAGCUGCAUCCCUUCUCUCGAAGUUACUCAGAGGUGGAAGAUGGUAGCAUGGUUAUGGAAUGUAAUGAGGUGGCAACAUCUGCUGAAAUAAGACAAACAUUGUCUGCUGACUCUGGCCACUCACAAAGAGGGGACAGGGCAAGUAUAGAAGUAAGGACAACAGCCAGUGUGGACGACACUGUAAACACCACUGUUAAAAUGGAAAUGUCCAGUGUAGGCAUUCAAUGUUCUAUACCUAUCAUCAAAACAGAGUCAAGCAUUGUUAGUGACACCCCACAAACAUUGUCAGCAAGUUGUGUUGAGCGUGGAGUACAGUGUGAGAUCAUGACAUCAGGUCGGUGUUUGAAUCAAAGAUCUCGUUCGCUGCCAGGAGAGGCAAGCUUUACAGAGCAGCAAAACUUUCAACUUACAGAGAACAGAUGCAAUCACUGUGGUAUCACGUUUGAUGAUGAGGUUCUCUUUUCAAUUCACAUCGGAUGCCACAGUCACACAGAUCCAUUUGUCUGUAAUGUCUGUGGCAAACAUUGUGGCAACAAGUAUGGCUUUUACUCUCAUAUAAUGAGGGGCCAUCACUACUGA